UCGCGAGGCUGCGAGCAGCCACAGUGCCCUGCUCAGUCAAGCCGGUUCUCUGUUUGCGCUCGGCAGCACGGGCAGGCGCGUGGCCCCCAGUCCCGGGAGCAGAGCAGCAGCGCCCCAGUCCGGGUCCCCCGUCCCUGAGCCUCGCCUGCCUGCCCAGCCCCAGGAUGGCCACCAUCACUUGCACACGCUUCACGGAAGAGUACCAGCUCUUCGAGGAACUGGGAAAGGGAGCCUUCUCGGUGGUGCGCAGGUGUGUGAAGGUGCUGGCUGGCCAGGAGUAUGCUGCCAAGAUCAUCAACACCAAGAAGCUCUCGGCCAGAGACCACCAGAAGCUGGAGCGCGAAGCCCGUAUCUGCCGCCUGCUGAAGCACCCCAACAUUGUCCGACUCCACGACAGCAUCUCAGAGGAGGGACACCACUACCUGAUCUUCGACCUGGUCACUGGCGGGGAGCUGUUUGAAGACAUCGUGGCCCGGGAGUAUUACAGUGAGGCUGAUGCCAGUCACUGUAUCCAGCAGAUCCUGGAGGCGGUGCUGCACUGCCAUCAGAUGGGGGUGGUGCACAGGGACCUGAAGCCGGAGAAUCUGCUGCUGGCCUCCAAGCUCAAGGGCGCUGCAGUGAAGCUGGCGGACUUUGGCCUGGCCAUAGAGGUGGAGGGGGAGCAGCAGGCAUGGUUUGGGUUUGCAGGGACGCCUGGAUACCUCUCCCCAGAAGUGCUGCGGAAGGAUCCAUAUGGAAAGCCUGUGGACCUGUGGGCCUGUGGGGUGAUCCUGUAUAUUCUGCUGGUUGGAUACCCCCCGUUCUGGGACGAGGACCAGCACCGCCUGUACCAGCAGAUCAAAGCCGGCGCCUAUGAUUUUCCAUCACCAGAAUGGGACACUGUCACCCCAGAAGCCAAGGAUUUGAUCAAUAAGAUGCUGACCAUCAACCCGUCCAAACGCAUCACAGCGGCCGAGGCCCUUAAACACCCCUGGAUCUCGCACCGAUCCACUGUGGCCUCCUGCAUGCACAGACAGGAGACCGUGGACUGCCUGAAGAAGUUCAACGCCAGGAGAAAACUGAAGGGAGCCAUUCUCACCACUAUGCUGGCCACCAGGAACUUCUCUGGGGGGAAGAGUGGAGGAAACAAGAAGAACGAUGGUGUGAAGGAAUCUUCAGAGAGCACCAACACCACCAUUGAGGACGAAGACACCAAAGUGCGGAAACAGGAGAUUAUAAAAGUGACAGAGCAGCUGAUUGAAGCCAUAAGCAAUGGAGAUUUUGAGUCCUACACGAAGAUGUGCGACCCUGGGAUGACGGCCUUCGAACCUGAGGCCCUGGGGAACCUGGUCGAGGGCCUGGACUUCCAUCGAUUCUAUUUUGAAAACCUGUGGUCCCGGAACAGCAAGCCUGUGCACACCACCAUCCUGAACCCUCACAUCCACCUGAUGGGCGACGAGUCGGCCUGCAUUGCCUACAUCCGCAUCACACAGUACCUGGACGCCGGCGGCAUCCCCCGCACCGCCCAGUCGGAGGAGACCCGCGUCUGGCACCGCCGGGAUGGCAAAUGGCAGAUCGUCCACUUCCACAGAUCCGGGGCACCCUCCGUCCUGCCCCACUGAGGACCAGCCGGGCCACUGCUGCCGCCAAGACCUGCUCUCUGUCCGUGGAAUGUGGCUGCUGGUUCUCCCACUUGGAUUGUGCUGGAAUUCCCCCCACCUCGUCGCCCCUCCACUGCCACCACCACCUCUAUCCCUGCAUCAAGAAAACCUGCUUGUUCACAAAAGCCAUCACAACUCCAGAGCAAAUGGCCAACCCCCUGCCCCCACAUCUCACUCAUGCCCUCGCUGCCCUGCUAGGGCAGGGCUUCCUCAGGCCGGGGGGGCCGGGGUGCUGGCCCCAAGGACCCCCUCGCCCUCACCUCUAUGGCUGUCGUCCUGCUCUUGCCUCAGCUGGAGGCUCCAGUGCCCUGGCCGUGUGUUCACGGGGCACUGGGGAGAAGGAGGGCGCAGCGGAGAAGAACGCGGCACUGGCCUGCUCCUCUCCCUGCCCUCUCCUUUUCUGGGGUCCCUGGGAAAAGGCAAAAAGAAAGCCCUCAACAUCCCUGAGGGAGAGGGCGAGGGAGGAGCCCAGGCCAGGAGCCUCCUGCCCUACGCUGCUUUCUGACUCUUCCCUGCUGCGCUGGCCUCGUGGUGGCCUCGUGGUGGCCUCCUGACCCUCCUGCGGUGUGGGGGGCGCAACCCUCUCAGGUGGCCCCACUCGCUUCCCACUUCCUCUGGAGAAGUUCACCUGUCACAUGACCCCCUCACCCCACCCUGCCAUCGGCCCUGGAGAAUUCCCUGUCCGAGAGAGGGAACUGAAUUGUGUGGGGGCGAAAGCAAGUGACGUUAGGUGUCACUCUACGUGGACCGCAUGCCUUUUUAUAGCCAAACUUCUGUGUACUCGGUAAACGGAUUCCGCGUUAAUGGAUAUUUAUGUACUAAUAUUCCUCUCAAAUUAUUGUGAAGAGGGCUGGGUUGGGAAGGAGGGUGGGAAGAGGGGUGAGGGAAUUCUUUUCUUUUUUCCUUUCUUUUCUUUCUUUUUUCUUUUUCUUUUUCUUUUUUUUUUUUUUGGCCAUCUCUGAGGUGGACCUUGUCACCUGUGGUUACCUGAGACUGAGGUGAGCUCAGUUCCGGGGAGAAGGGCCUCUGCCAUUUCGAUCCAGGGUGAGAGCGUGCAGGUGCUCCUUUUGGGACUGGGGGGUGUCAGGUGCCGGUGCUGACGGGCAGAGUGGGCAGGUGUCAGAAUGGAAGCACCCAGACUUUGCUUUUCUCCCAAACUGGGGUCCUUACAAUGCACGCCCCAGGAUUUCACGCCACCAUCCCGUGCGCCGCCUGUGUGGGCGGCCGUGAGCACGUGUCCUCCCUGCCUGCCUCCCCUGGGCAUCUGACAGCCCCUGCAGAGCCCCGGGAGCGCCUCCUCUUCACGCCUCACCUGCAGCCUCGGGUCCAUUCUCUCUCUCUCCCCUCUUCCCUCUUCCCCCGGAACUGACUGGCCUGGACUGCCUCGGCACCUCCACUGGGAUCUCCUGUCUGCACUGUUUUCUUUGCAUGACUUUAUAUGCAGUAAGUAUGUUGAAAAAAAAAAAGAAAAGAAGAAAAACAUUCAACAAAACCAAUCUACAUGUUUCGGACAAAAACAUAACAAUAAUAGAGGUUGUAUUCUG